CGCGAGCGGCUCUAUGGUGGCGGCCGUUGGCGCGGCGGCGCUUCCGGCGGGCGCGGGGGCCUGUGGGGGAUCGCCGCGCGCCACUUCUGCCCGGCGGUGCUGAAGGAGCGGAGCCGCCAUGUCUCACACAAUUCUACUUGUCCAGCCUACCAAGAGGCCGGAAGGAAGGACAUAUGCUGAUUAUGAAUCAGUGAAUGAAUGCAUGGAAGGAGUCUGUAAAAUGUAUGAAGAGCAUCUGAAGAGAAUGAAUCCCAACAGUCCAUCCAUUACAUAUGAUAUCAGCCAAUUGUUUGACUUCAUUGAUGACUUGGCAGACCUCAGCUGUCUUGUUUACCGUGCUGAUACUCAGACGUACCAACCGUACAACAAAGACUGGAUAAAGGAGAAGAUCUACGUCCUCCUCCGCAGGCAGGCCCAGCAAGCAAGCAAAUAAUGAGGGCACCAUUGCUCCGUGGGCUUGGGGAGGGUUUGGACAACAGGUGUGUACAGAGUGUAGUAGUGAGCGUUUUGUAUUAUGGUCAUCCUGUUGCCAUCUUGAUAAACUCAUUAGCCAGGACUGAUUGUAUUUUUAGAGAUACGAGGAUUUUGUUGGAUUUGACUUUUUUUUUCUAGUGUAAAUGGAAAGGAAAGUACAACAUCUUCAGCAGAGUUUUGGAUUUUUUUUCCUCCGGUUUGCUUACGGUCCUAUCUUAUUUGAACCCCUGGGGCUGUUCACAUUGUACUUCACCCCAUUUGCUGUAUGUGCCCCUCUGUGGGUUCUUAACAUUCAGUUGUGUCCUCGAGAUGUCUUUAAUGGGAAAUAAAAGAGCAACCCUUUAGUUAAA